AUGGAAAAGCGGAUAAAAUUAGUGCCACCUGAUGGAGGAUGGGGUUGGAUGGUUUUAUUAGGAAUAGCACUUACGAACAUAUUCAAUCAGUCUAUGUUGUCUCUGUUCAGUUUGCUAUAUGGGGACGUAUUGAGUUCGAUGGGUCACAAAACUCAAGGAGCAGCCAUCGUUUUAAGUUUUAUGUCAUUUGUCACCAAUUUCGGAGGUCCACUUGCUGGAGCAGUCAUAAAACUGACGAGCCCUAGAUUCGUUGCUGUAUCCGGUUUGGGUCAAGGUUUAAUUCAAAAUGCGUCGUUUGUGGCUAUAAAUACUUAUUUUAAAGUAAGGAAGAGUUUAGCCGUAGGUCUCGCUGUGACAGGCACUGGAGUUGGGCAGACUCUCAUGCCUCAUGUAGUGCGAUAUUUUUUAGAGCAUUACGGCUUUAAAGGUGCUUGCAUGUUACUGGCAUCUUUAAGUUUGCAUGGAAUAUGUGGGACGAUGCUUAUACAACCAGUUGAAUGGCAUAUGAAGAAAGUUGAAGAGAAAGUAAUUAUAAUUAAUGAGAAAAUAUACUUAUUAAAAGAAAAUAAUGAUAUUGAAAAGAAUAAAGAAUACAUUGGCGUAAAUGACGACGAUUAUAAAGGCGUAAGGCGUGGUAUGGAAUCAGCUGUAGUUCCGGAAAAUGGCGUUAAUAAACCAAACAAUGGGAAAACAUCACAAAGUCAGAAAGAAUUAAAUCAAAAUUUAGUGACUAAUUACAAAUUAAAUGGAAAUACUGAUAUCCCAAAACCGAAGAAGACCUUUAUGAGAAAGAUGUACGAAUUGUUCGAUAUUUCACUGCUAUCGAGUCCUAGAUUUUUGAACGUAAUUAUAGGGACUGCACUCACAGUGGUUUCUGUACAAAACUUCAGUAUGAUUUUUCCACUCUUCUUGCAAAAAUCCGCAUCAAUGGACAAGCAGCAGACUGCAUACUGUAUGUCAGCUGUGUCUUUUGCUGAUGUCAUCGGUAGGCUUGUUUUACCAUCUCUGAAGGACAAAUAUCAUAUUGAAGCCCGAAUGAUGCUGAUUCUAACCAGUAUUUGGUUAAUUGUAGUUAGACAAAUUUUGGCAUAUCAGACCGACUUAUCUGUCCUCCUAGCACUCUCAGCAUUUUAUGGUUUUGGAAGGAGUAUGGUGAUUGUUGCAAGAAACUUAGGAAUAUCGGAACAGUGUAGAAUGGAUCAAGUACCCUCCGCUGUAGGUUUGGGGAUGUUGACUAUGGGCCUUAUAGUUCCUCCAGUGGGAUACUUCCUAGGGUGGGUCAGAGACUACACAGACAGCUAUUCUUUUUGCAUAAGCGCACAAAACUUACUAUUAGUGCUAUUUCUAGCUAUGUGGAUACCUGAUAUGAUUAUGAUUCACUAUGAAAGAAAAAGAGAUAAAAGGAAAGACGCAGAAAACUCACAGCGA